GCGAGCGGGACGGCGCGGCCGCUGCGCGUGUCUGUCUGCCGGUGUGCGCGCUCGCUCGUCUGUCGGCCGCGCCAGCUCGGGUGCGCCGCGUGUGUUCUCGUGUCCGGCUGUCGCGGCGCAUGAAGCGGGCGCACGGGGCGGAGGGGGCGCCGGCGGGGGGAGCGGGCGAGGUGGGCGCGCUGGUGGACUGCAGCCAGGCGGACGACCGGCGGCUGAUCGCGUUGGUGCGCGCGCGGCGCCUGCUGUACGCCCGCAACAACAUGCCCGUCGCCAGCUACUACACGCAGGUCAAGAGCCUGUGGGAGGAGGUCGCGCGCGAGAUGGGCUGGAGCGUGGCAGACGUGCGGCGCAAGUGGUCGCACAUCCGCAACUCGUACUCCCGGCACCUGCGCAACGAGCUGCACGGCGCCUGCACGAGCCGCGGCCGGCAGGUGUCGCGCUGGUACCUGGCGGACGAGCUGGCCUUCCUGCGUGACCACAUGGCCACCGACACGCGCCCCUCCUACUACGCGCCCUCGCUGCUCGAGGUGGACAUGGACGCGCCCGCCGCCGUCGACGUCAAACCGUUCCUGUCGUCGCCGUGGUUCGCGCCGGCGCCGGAGCCGGAGCGCCCGCCCUCGCCCGACGACUCCCGCUCCAGCUGCUCGGCGUUCGCCUCCGACGAGACGUCGCCGUACUUCCAGUUCUUCCGCGGCAUCUACCCCGACUACCGCGAGCUGCCGGCGCCGCGCCAGCGCCAGUUCAAGCGCCGCUGCCUGGGCCUGCUGCACGACCUGCUCGACGCGGAGGAGGCGCAGCGCGCGGGGGCGCCGGCCGGGGGGGUCGCCGGGGGGGCGCCGGCCGCGGGGGCGCUCGACCUCUCCCCCCGUGACGACGACCUCCCCGAGGCCAAGCCCCCCGCGUACCUCCACCCCGCCACGAUCAGUCGUCCACCGUUACGGGAUGAAUGAUGAAUGAUGAUCGUUUGUUGUUCUAGAUUAAUUAAUGUAUUACUCGUUAAGAAUAAUCGAAUCUGCGGCGCCC